GCAGAAUCUAAUAUAGAAGUACUUUUAGGAAGCUGGGACUCGUGAAGCGGAAAACAAAAGCUAGGGCUCGGGAGUGGUUCCAGUCUUCCAGAAGAUUAUCGCCAUCACCACUCUCACCCUCUUCUUCUUUGUCUUCCUCUCUCUAGAGGAGGUUCAAAAGGAUAUGUCUUCCGAUACUGCAAAGGAAAAUGCAUCUGUAGUUGAUUCAUCAGUGACUGAUUGGAAACAUGAUAUGGGGAAUUUUGAUGAUCCAGAAAGCUCAAGCUACAAAGCAAAUGAGGAUGGCUAUCCAUCUGGGCCAGAAGAACAGCGGCAUUCUCACACUGGAAUGCUAAAUUCAAGUGCAAAUAAAAAGGGUAAAUUGUAUAGUACAAGAUAUUUCAUCAUUAAGAGUUUGAACCAUCAUAAUAUCCAAUUAUCGAUGGAGAAAGGAAUUUGGGCUACUCAAGUCAUGAAUGAACCAAUUUUGGAAGAAGCUUUUCAUAAUUCUGGUAAAGUGAUUCUAAUAUUCAGUGUCAACAUGAGUGGUUUCUUCCAAGGGUAUGCCCAAAUGAUGUCUUCUGUUGGAUGGAGACGGGACAAUGUAUGGAGUCAAGGAAGUGGUGGAAAUAAUCCUUGGGGACGCAGUUUUAAGGUCAAAUGGCUGCGAUUACAUGAUUUGCCUUUCCAAAAAACGCUGCAUCUCAAGAAUCCACUGAAUGACUACAAACCUGUCAAGAUCAGUAGGGACUGCCAGGAGUUAUCUCAAGAAAUUGGAGAAGCUCUUUGUGAGCUCCUUGAUGGAAAGACUGAUGUGGGUGACAAUCUAAGAAAGAAUGACUUUUCUGGUGAUGAUCUUCCUCCAAGAAGGCCUUUUAUGGAGCCUUCAUGUUCUUUACCAGGUGAAGAGUAUAACCUGUCUUCGAUGCAUAUGACAUGGACAUCCAUGCUUUAUCCUUCCUUGCUCUACCAACAUAAAGCUGAAGCAAAUAGAUUCCAUUUAGCACACCAGAGAUCAACCGGACCAUUUCUUCCUGAAAAUUUGCCUAUCUCUUCUGGGCCAUCGAAAGUUACAAGGGUGAAACAUCCUCGGAUUAGUGGUAACUUCACUAGUGUACAAGUGGAUCAUGAUAUGUCUUCUGGUUUUGAUGUUUGGAAUAUGUCAGCUGAGAGAAGCCCUCUUGCAAGUACACUGACUGAGGAUGAUAUUCUUGAAAUGUUCUGUCAAGGGAAGCUUUCAUUGAUCUGUGGUUUCAUUCUUGAAUCUCAAUAUUGUAAGAAAUCAUAUGAAGAAUACCUAGAGGCUCAUAGCAGAAGCAACAAAAAGUUAUCCCAACCUGCAGCUGGACCAUUGCGGAAAAUACAGGAAUCAACAAAUAAAGAGCACAGUGAUUCUUACUCCCGUCCUGUUGCCGAUCGGUGCCACUCACGGAAAAGGACUCAUCAUUCAUCCUCCAAAUGACUGCAUUUCAGCAGACCAGGCUUGCUUCUGUGUUGGAGAUGGAUUAGUAGGAUACUGGGGCAAAUUUCGGAGAAGUUACUUUGUUGUGAUCUGUAGAAUCAGGAUUCUUAUUACUUUUGUGUUGUAUAAAUCUUUAUGCUAUGAUUUUUAUGAUUUCUUCACAGAAGAAGAAAACUUGUUUUGGGGUGGGAACCAACUUGUACAGAAAUUGAAUGGGUAACACCGCCCCAACCCGACCCAUCUUUUUCUUUCCUUUUGGACUCUAGGGAUGAGAAGAUAAAACUUCAUAUAAAGUAACGGAGCCAGAGUUAGGCCAUUUGAAUGCCUAGAAAUUGUAUGCGCAUAGAAACCAAUUACAGUUGAUAGAAUAUGAAGAUGUAAAAAUUAUCCA